AUGCACGCCAUCGCUUCUAUUCUUGCCUUAGCCUCCACGGCUUCGGCGAUCCAGGGAUUUAACUAUGGCUCUACCUUUACUACAGGUGCUGCCAAGCAACAGUCCGACUUCGAAAACGAGUUCACCACCGCUCAAAACCUGAAGGGUACUUCUGGAUGGACCAGCGCCCGUCUCUACACCAUGGUGCAAGGAGGAACCGCGAGUGAUCCUAUCUCUGCCAUUCCCGCAGCCAUCAAGACUAAGACUUCCCUUCUGCUUGGUCUUUGGGCUUCUGGAGGUGACACUUCGUUCGCCAACGAAAUCCUCGCCUUGAAGGCCGCUAUCAAGCAGUAUGGAGAAGAUUUCGCCAAGAUUGUGGAUGGUAUUUCCGUCGGCAGCGAAGAUCUAUACCGAAACUCGCCCGCAGGAAUCGCAGCUGGUUCCAACGUUGGUACCGGUCCCGAUACUAUCGUUCGCUACAUCAAGGAGACGAAGGAAGCCAUUUCCGGCACGGGCUUAGAGGGUAUUCCCAUUGGUCACGUCGAUACCUGGACUGCUUGGUACAACGGUUCCAAUCAGGCCGUUAUCGACGCUUGUGACUGGGUUGGCAUGGAUGCGUAUCCUUACUUCCAGGAUACUAUGGCCAAUGACAUCUCCAAGUCAAAGUCUCUGUUCCAAGACGCUCUUGACAAGACUCAGAAAGCCGCUGGUGGAAAGAAGGUCUGGAUUACCGAGACGGGCCACCCGGUCAGCGGCAAGACUGUUGGACAAUCUAUUGCUUCUACCGACAAUGCUGAGACUUUCUGGAAGGAUGUUGUUUGCCCUCUGCUGUCUAGCAACACGAACCUCUGGUACUACACCCUCCAGGAUGCUGCGCCCGAUACUCCCAGCCCCAGCUUUGGUAUCGUUGGCAACAAGCUCACCACCACACCCCUCUUCGACCUGAGCUGUGACAAAGCCAACACUGGUUCUUCCUCUUCCUCUUCCGCUAAGCCCUCAUCUACCGGCAAGGGUGGUUCGUCCUCGACUGCUUCUGGAUCCGAUGCUUCAACUACUAGCGCUAUUGGAAACUCCGGUGGCAGCCCCGGCGGUGUGCCUAGUGGCCAGAUCUCCAGCGAGCAGUCUGCUACCGUGACGCCUACGGCUAUUGGCCCUAUCUCGACUGGUACAGGAUCCAGAGGUUCUGGUUCGGGUACUAAUGGUACCUUCACCGUGCCUCCGGCUUCCACCUCUACCGUUCCCGCUAGUGGCGCCCGAGGUCUGCAGUCAGGCGCUUUCGCCGCUGCCUUUGGAGCCAUCAUGGCCGCUAUCUACGCGCUAUGA